CAUUGUUUUUGUUUGUUGAGGUUAGAAAAGAUUUCAAUGUCCAAUUAUCAAAUAAAAAUAAUGUGAUAUUUUUGACUGUGUACACAUUCGCCAACAUCAUGGGUGACUUCAAACCAAGGUUUAUGAAACCAUCUGAAUCAACUAGCUACCUGGACAAGGACGAGUCGACAACCGUAGAAGCAACGAAUUUCGUAUACAACAGAUUCGUUUCCCAGUCGAUUGAAACCCAAAGGAAGAGGUUGCCGAUCUUCGAGAAUAGAAAUCACAUCUUAUAUUUGCUAGAAAAGUAUCAGACUCUUAUUCUGGUCGGAGAGACGGGCUGCGGAAAGAGUACCCAAAUUCCACAAUACAUGGUUGAAGCAGAAUGGCCCGGUCAAAUAGGAAUAUGUGAACCUAGGCGAGUUGCUGCUAUAUCUCUGGCGAACAGAGUUGCAGAUGAAACUGGUUCACUUGUACAGAGCGAUAUGGUAGGAUAUGCCGUCAGAUUUGAUGCUUGUUAUAACAAACCAAAAAUAAAGUAUAUGACUGAAGGAAUUCUAGUGAGAGAAUUAAUGACAGAUCCAUUAUUAAAGAGUUAUUCAGCAAUUAUGUUGGAUGAAGUUCAUGAGCGUACUCUUUAUACAGAUAUUCUAAUGGGACUCUUCAAGAAAAUACUGAAGAAAAGGAAUGACUUACGAUUGAUAGUUGCUUCUGCCACUUUAGAUGCCAAGUAUUUGAAAGAUUUUUUCAACUUUGGAAAUCCAAAUCAAAAAGAGACUUCUACUAUACUAUCUGUUCAGGGUAGGCAAUAUCCAGUAGACAUAUAUUAUUUAGCAGAACCUGUUCCAUGUUAUAUCCAAUCCAGUGUCGAUACUGCAAUCAAGAUAAAUGCUUCUAAGGAAUCUGGAGACAUAUUGAUCUUCUUAACAGGUGUUGAAGAAGUUGAUAGAGCUUCAAAAUUACUUUCGGAGCAUGCAAACAAUAUUGAGGAGGAAAAGAAGAAGAACAAAAUAAUUGUUUGCCCAAUGCAUGGAACCUUACCAUACCAUGAUCAAUUGAAAGUUUUUAAACCACCUCCUGAAGGCUACAGAAAAAUUGUUGUGGCAACUAACAUUGCUGAGACAUCUGUAACAAUCCCUGGAAUUGUUCACAUUAUCGAUUGUGGAUUUGUAAAAUUGCGAUGGUACAACAUUGAUACUCAUACAGACAGUUUGAUCAUACUACCAAUUAGUAAGGCUUCUGCAAAUCAAAGAGCUGGUCGAGCAGGGAGGAUGAGAUCUGGUAAAGUGUACAGGUUAUACAAAGAAGAAUACUUCAAUAAGCUUCCUGAUAGCACCCCACCAGAAAUUGUAAGAACUAGUUUAACAUCUGUUAUAUUACAUUUGAAAGCGCUAGGUAUAAAGAAUAUAUUAAAUUUCAAAUUUCCAAACCCACCCCCAGUCAAAAACUUAAGGAGUGCUUUGGAAAUCUUAUAUGCUCUAGAUGCAAUUGACAUAAAUGGUGAAUUAACCAAACCACUAGGAUUUAGCAUGGCAGAAUUUGCCUUGGAUCCAAUGUAUUCAAAAAUAUUAUUGAAUUCUGGAGAAUUCGGUUGUUCAGAAGAGAUUUUAACUAUAAUUUCUAUACUACAAGUCGAAACAAUUUUCACCAAACCAUCUACAGGAACUUCAAUCAUCAAAGCGAGAAUUAGGAGACGAUUAUUUGAAGUCGAAGAAGGAGAUUUGAUGACAUAUUUAAACGUAUACAAUGGUUUCAUCCAGAGUGAAAUGUCGAGUGAGUUCUGUCACAAAAACUUCAUCAGUUAUAAGAGUAUGAAACGUGUUCUGGAAAUUCGUAAACGUUUGGAGAAAGUUUUGAAUAAUUAUGGUAUCCCUAUAAUUUCUGCAUCUGGUUGCACAACCUUGAUACAGCGAUGUUUAGUGAGUGGUUUGUUUCCAAAUGCUGCAUAUUUGCAUCAUUCUGGUGUAUAUAAAACAAUAAGGGGUGAUAUUGAUCUGUAUAUAAAUCCAGAUAGUGCUUUAUACACUAUCACUCAACCACAGUGGGUGAUUUUUUGCGAAGUUCUACAUACUAAAAAACUUUAUAUGAAAGACAUUACGGCUAUCCAAGAUGAAUGGUUAUUAGAACUAGCACCACAUUUCUAUUACAGAACUUCUUAUAGGGACUGUUAAUGUAAGAUUAUUGAAGGUGCUUACCAUAUAUGUCCUUUAAGUUUUUCAAAAAAUAAACACAAUUCACAAUCAA